AAAAUAAUAUCACACUACGCACCACUCCCUCUCAAGGACGGUUAAGAGCAUCAGCUACGAAAACUGCUUCUCGUCUUCCUUCACCAAACCGAUCACCAUCGGUCGCUCUCUUCUUCAUCUUGAAGCCUAAGCCAACCUAGCUAAAUGUUUCAUUCUCCUUCUAUUAACCUUCUUCAUUAGUCAGUACCAUUACCUCCCUCCUGGUCUCAGCCAAUCUUCUGCCUCACUGCUCCAUCUUCAUCUCGGUGGUCUAGUCCCGAGGACGACUGCUCCAAUAUCCAUCUUAGCCAUGCCCACCAAAACUCUCCCUCGCUCUAUCUCUCCCUUCAAUGUCCCUCAUAGUGUUAGGACGAAAAGACCAAAUGGGCAGCAGAAAAAGGAAGAAAUAGAGAAAGAGGUGGGGAUGUUAAGGGAGAUGCUGGAUCAAGAAGAAAAGACACGUGAGAUAUUGGAGAGAAUCCAAAAACAUGAACUUCCUUCUUCUUCUUCCGUUACUCUUCCUGCUUCUCUCCCUCCCAAGAUGAAGGAACUAAUAACGGAACUAUCGCUAGUGGAAGGGGAAAUCUCAAAACUGGAGAUUCAAAUAAGCCAUCUCCAGAUAAAUCUCAAGCAAGAACAAGAUGAAACCUUGAGACACGCAACAACAAGUUCAUCAAGAAAAGCAUGGCAAGCUUGUGAGAGUUACAAUAACGACGACAUAACCUCUCAUCAAGCUCAGGAAUUACCAAAACACCCUAAUUUCCCGCCUCCAGGCCCUAUGGUGAACAAAUGCAUGAUGAAGAAUGAAAACAACAACACCAAAUCUGCAUCUAGUCAUCAUCAAGAGAAUGCAACAUUUGAAACAAGGACAUUACAUUUCAUCAACAAAGCCAUAAAAGGUGAUUACCCGACCGAAAGCUUCCACAAAUCUAAUGAGAAAGUUGGAUUAGUCGAGAAGGAUAAUCAUCGGUCUAAGUUGCAAGAGAAUACGAAUACGAAGAAGAUGAUUAGGACGAUGAAAUCGCCUUCGCCUCUACGUGAACCUAAAUACUCCUCUCCCAAGCCUACUAAUAAGGAUCGUGUAGCACUUGAUACAUCACUAGACCUUCCACCAAAAUCUCUAUCAAGCACAAUUUUAAUGGAAGAUGGACAGAACAUACAGAAAUGGCACCCAAACAAGCUCGCUGAGGACAUCAUGAAGUGUCUCAAUUUCAUCUACGUUCGUCUCCUCAGAACCACAAGAGUCAUGGAGCUAGACAAAUCGGGUCCUGUCUCGAGAAGCUCAAGAAGCUUUAGGGUGGACAACGCAACCUCCGGCUUGUCUAAAUCCAUGAAUCUUGUGUCUUGUAAAGAAUCAAGACAACAAGAUCCCUAUGGAAUAUUUGAUGUAGAAGCAUCUUUGGCUAGAGACAUUGGUCCUUACAAGAAUCUCGUCAUCUUCACUUCAAGUUCUAUGGAUUCCAAGUGCAUUUCGAGCUUUAGCUCAGUUUCUUUGAUCCGGAAACUCAGGGUGUUGAUGAACAAUCUCGAGACAGUGGAUUUGAGAGUGUUGAGCCAUCAACAAAAGCUAGCGUUUUGGAUCAACAUGUUCAAUGCAUGUAUUAUGCAUGGAUACUUACAACAUGGAGUUCCAAAAACAACUGAGAGAUUACAAUCUCUUGUUUACAGUAAGGCUACAGUAAAUAUUGGAGGCAAAAAUAUUAGUGCUCAUACCAUAGAGCAUUGUAUUCUACGGAAGCCUGCAAAUUCUACCAUGAGUAAGGAUCGACACGAGGAAAUGAUCAUUCAUAAACUAUACGGCCUAGAAACAAUGGAUCCUCACAUCACAUUUGCUCUCUCGUGCGGAACUCGAUCCUCUCCUGCGGUGAGGAUAUACACCGGAGAUGGAGCGGCAACAGAGAUAGAGAAAUCGAAAAUGGAGUAUCUGCAAGCCUCGGUGGUGGUAACCGCGGCUAAACGAGUAAUCUUGCCGGAGCUUCUGGUGAAACACGCCGCCGAUUUCGUUGGGGAAAGGGCUGAUAUGGGAUCUCUCGUUAAAUGGGUUUGCAACCAAUUACCAACGUCUGGUUCCUUGAGAAAAUCAAUGGUGGACUGUUUCAAGAAUCAAAACUCCAAAGCUUCUUCAUCUCUGGUGGUUGAGAAGUUCCCUUAUGAUUUUGAGUUUCAGUAUCUUCUAGCCAUUUGA